GGCUGCGGGGAGUGCGGGGAGACGGAGAGACCGGUCGAACCCGAGCGGUGGGGCCGAGCAGCGGAUUGGCCAACGGUUCCUUUCAACCCUGCCUCGUUGGUGGCCACUGGAGAAGCGCGGGGGGCUCCCCAGACAGCCGUGGGGACAAGUUAGAGCCAGCACUUUACCCCGGGCCUCGCGUGUAGCUUUCCCUCCCCUGUUCUAGGUGCCCCAGUGUCCAGAGGGGGGUGCGGGUGUGCCCUCCUUACAUGUUCCACCGCCCGGGCAACCCUUCGGUCUCGUGUUCCAUCUCGUUCUUGCUUCCUGUACCGUAGUCAAGUGGAGCCACUUUGCAUCAUGUCCCGGUAUAGCUACCAAAGUCUCCUGGACUGGCUCUAUGGGGGUGUCGACCCCAGUUUUGCAGGCAAUGGGGGCCCCGACUGUGCUGCCUUCCUGUCUUGGCAGCAGCGGCUGCUGGAAAGUGUGGUGGUCCUGACCCUGGCCCUGUUGGAGAUCCUGGUGGCCCUUCGGCACAUCCUGAGGCAGACGGAGGACGGUAGGGGUGGCCGUGGCAGCCAGCCACAGCAGGUGACCCAGCGGCCUGAUGAAGGCAAGGAGAGCCUGAGCAAGAAUCUGCUCUUAGUAGCCCUGUGCCUGAUCUUCGGGGUGGAGGUGGGCUUUAAGUUCGCCACCAAGACCGUCAUCUACCUGCUCAACCCUUGUCACCUGGUCACCAUGAUGCAUAUCUUCCUCCUGGCCUGCCCUCCAUGUCCGGGAGCUAUCGUCGUCUUCAAGUUACAGAUGCACAUGCUGAAUGGAGCUCUUCUGGCAUUGCUGUUUCCUGUGGUAAAUACGCGGCUGCUCCCCUUUGAACUGGAGAUUUACUACAUUCAGCAUGUUAUGCUCUAUGUGGUCCCCAUCUACCUGCUUUGGAAAGGAGGUGCUUACACCCCAGAGCCCCUCAGCAGUUUCCGGUGGGCUCUUCUCUCCACGGGCCUCAUGUUCUUUUACCACUUCAGCAUCCUGCAGAUCCUCGGCCUGGUCACCGAAGUGAAUUUGAACAACAUGCUGUGUCCGGCCAUCUCAGACCCAUUCUACGGCCCCUGGUAUCGCAUCUGGGCCUCGGGACACCAGACUCUCAUGACCAUGACCCACGGGAAGCUGGUCAUCCUGUUCUCAUACAUGGCUGGGCCCUUGUGUAAAUAUCUGCUGGAUUUGCUCCGGCUUCCAGCCAAGAAAAUAGACUGAAGGUGCUUGGGGUUUGGUUUUGUUUUAUUUUGUUUGUUUUUUGUUUUUGUUUUUUUGUUUUGUUUUGUUUUGUUUCUCCCUGAGGAAACAAGUCCUGACUUGACUCAGAGAACAUCCAGUUCUUGACAGACUCAUUGGCGAGGGCAAUAGGAUACUUGGUGAAUUUCUUUUUUUCCUCCUCUCUGUCCCUUUCUUCCACGACUCUUCCCUCCUCAGCUCCUCCCCAUGAAUGGCUCUUUGUGCCUGGGAUAGUGCUGGGGGCUGGAACUUACUUCCUUUCAUCCCCUGACCUCUGGGUUCCUACUGUGUGCCCCGUCCCUGUGCUUGGCCUUACCAAGAGAAAUGGUAGUCAGUUAGUCAGUGCCCUUCACACUGUUUGUCGGUGCUUUUUAACAACAGCUAGUUGAAGAAGCGGGGAGCAGCAAGCGGUAGUUCCCCCAGCACCCCAGCAAUGAAACAGUGUUCGGGUCACUUCUCCACUGCCAGGGACCUCCAGGCUCAUGCUGGGGUCCCCUUUUACCUCCAGCAUAGCUCCCACCAAAAGGGGACCAAGGCCUUGUUUCUAUACCAGCUGCCAAGGGACUUCCCAGAUCACAGCCAAAAUAGAUUCUUCCAGUGAUGGGUGUCCCGUGAUGUAAAGCAGGGAGCCGCCCAGCCACUCCUUCUAGGGUGCUGCCUGGGGUGGAAGGUGACAGCAGUGUGCAGGCCGAGGGCAAGAUUCCACAGUGGGCUGCCAGAGGUCUGUCGCCACAGCGAGUAUGAAGUCAAGAGGGUGAAGGUGUGUACAGUACCAGGCAGGACACCCCCCGGCUCCCGUCCCCCAAAAAAACCUUCCCUGUGAAAUCUGAGAGCCGAUCCACACUCCAAUCCAAAGUGAGCAAAGAAAUUAAGAAGCCAACUAAGUCGAGUGGCAACUUGAGAAAGCUGUGAUCUGACGCCUAGUCUAUGUCAUGUGGAUAAUUUGGCAACACUCUAGUCUCAGCUGCCCCCAACCAUCCUCAUUGUCUCUGUACAUGUCUCUGUUUCUCUUUGUCUGUGGCCGCUUCAUGGAAGAGGGAGCUGGAGGCGGGGCUUGGGUACUAUUUGGCUGUUUCCUAUUUUGGAUGUUUGAAAUGGGGGAACCCUUGCAUUUCGGGAAGGUACUCUAGAGCCAUUCCUGGCACUUCGAGGACCUGUCCACAGCUCCCCAAGGCAGUUUCUUUAUGGCUUGAUUUCUUUCGUGUAGCUAGAUUCUGCUUAAGUGUUCAGUGUGGGGAAACAUCCUUGGUUUGGCAGCUUGACGACGUCCAAAGCCCAUGUGUAGGUUGAAAGGGAACCACCAAUGGAUCAGGUCCCCAUAGGUAGCAGUUCAAGUGUUCUUUAGGAAGGAACUUCUGUUGAAAGAAAGGUACUUAGUCAUGUAUGGGCCACAAAGGACACCAGUGUCUGGACAUUGCUGACUCCUUGUCAGCUUCUAAGUAGGAGGAGAUUUGUUUAAGAAUAGAGAAAGAAGUUUGUGCCAUAACCACCCCAUGUCCCAGUUCCGGUUGCAGUAUUCAAUGUGAGUUUGUGGGUGUUAGGCCUAACCCGAGCUUCAGUGACUCGGUGGCCAUGAAACGGACUUGCCAGGGAAGCAGCGGCAGGACAGUCUCCCUGAGCAAAUGGAAAGUAAGGGAAGCAUCUCUGGGAGGGGUUGCUUGAACAUGAGUUGAUUGGCUCUGAGGUACGGAGAACCGGGAAAGAAGAACUCCUAGUGUGCUUCUUCCCCUUGAGCUCCUGCCAUGCCUCUUCCUCCUCUCGCCCUCUCGCUGGUCUCUGGAAGUGCUUCUUCUGCUGCUCUUUUCCCCACCCCCUCAGAGAAGUCUUGGUUGAAUAAAAUGUGUGAGAGCCUCCCUGGCCCUGGGCCUCUCUGUAGAAGAGCAUGGAAAGAGGUCAUGAAUGAAGCUUGAUUAAUAAAAACUCAGAGACAGAAAUUGGGGUCCAGCCUGAGGAUCAGAAAAGCAAAGCAGCCAACCACUUGCUCUUACCUCAGUCCAGGUUCUCAGAAUGAGACUGUCUGAGAGCUGCUUCCUCCUGUCUUGUAUUCCUCUCUAGUACUGAU